AUGGAGUCGGACUUGGCAGUUUUGGAAUCAAUCCGGCAACACCUUCUCGGAGAUCCAGAAACUACUGGGAGUUUCUCGGCGAUGAGUUUCGAGAAUACCCAGGUGGUUAGCAAUGUUGUUCUGGAACCGAUCCGGCAAUACCUUCUCGGCGAUUCCGAAACUGCUCGGAGUAGUUUCUCGGUGAUGAGUUUCGACAAUGCUCAGGUUGUCAGCAAUGUUGUUCUCAGCGAGAAUUGGGGUGCGUCACUGCAAACAGUGACCGAGGAGCGUGAAGAACACACGCCACGAUAUAGGGGCGUGAGGAGGAGGCCGUGGGGGAAGUAUGCGGCGGAGAUAAGGGACCCGAAGAAGGGCGGCAUGAGGGUGUGGCUCGGAACUUAUGAAGCGGCUAAGGAUGCAGCUUUGGCUUACGACCGAGCCGCUUUCAAGAUGCGCGGUUCAAAAGCCAAGCUCAAUUUUCCGCAUUUGAUUGGCUCGGGUGAAGCCGAGCCCGUUAGAGUGACUCCCAAGCGCCGUCACUCGUCAGAGCUGCAAUCUUCAUCGUCGUCGGAUAAUAGCUCUCCGAAACCAAAGAAGAGGAAGAGCGGCAGCGAUGGUUCAGUGGUUCGAGCCGAGUCGAGUUGUGGAAGUAGUCCAAUAGAGAUGUCAAUGGUUAAUGAUCAAUCAGUUUCAUGGUGGACGUUUGAUCAUCUGACUAAUGACAUCACUAAUCCCUUCUUUACAUUUGAUCAACAAACAAAUUGUAAUGAGUGA